CCCUGUUUUCUAACAAAACUCUUCGGAUUUACUUUCUUACACUCAUAACAUACAAUAUGGCCAUCACCUUCUUUACCCAGGAGUUCACCACUUCGAUUGCUCCGACAAGGAUGUUCAAGGCACUCAUCCUCGACUCCCACAACCUCAUUCCCAAGAUCGCCCCUCAGGGCAUAAAGAGCAUCGAGUUUGUUGAAGGAGGUGGUGGCGCCGGAAGCAUCAAGCAGACCAACUUCGCCGAUGGAGGACACUUGAAGUGGUUGAAGCACAGGAUCAACGCUAUUGACACUGAGAAGCUUGUGUGCAAGUACACUCUGAUUGAGAGCGACGUAGCAUUUGACAAGAUCGAGUCCGUGGUGUAUGAGGUGAAGUUCCAAGCUUUGGGUGAUGGUGGGUGUGUCUGUGUUAUGACGAGUGAGUACCUUGUGAAGGCGGGUGUGGAGCUGAAGGAGGAGGACAUCAAGCAGGGCAAGGACAAAGCCAUGGGACUCUACAAAAUUGUCGAGGAAUACCUUCUUGCCAACCCCGAGGCCUAUGCCUAG